AUGGCACAAGCAUAUGCUCAUGAGCCGUUGCCCUCGUCGCGAUCAAUCAGGCUAAUUUCCUUGGCCCCUUCAGUGACGCCUAAUGCACCAAUACGCUGCGAUAUCACCAUCGUAGAACUCCAAAGUCAACGAGCGAAGGUGCCCUACGAAGCCUUAUCAUAUGUAUGGGGUUCCCCAACCGGUACGAUACCUAUUCGGUGUAAAGGUAUGGAGCUUUUGGUGACGCCAAAUUGUUACGAUGCCCUGCGCCGUCUACGGUCCCGGUUCUCGCGACGCACCCUCUGGAUAGACGCCAUAUGCAUCGACCAAGGAGACGAUGAUCGCGCAAUCCGAGAACGGAAUUCUCAAGUGCAGAUGAUGGGAGAUAUCUAUGAAAACGCGGCAAGAGUUCUUAUUUGGCUUGGUCCGGCUCAUAAAUUUACUCCGGCGGUUUUUCGCCUGCUCAGUAUGAUUGGCUUCAUAGCGUCCUGGUCGUGGAGGCAUAAUUUUGCGCAGUUUUCUGAGAAGCUAAUCGUUAAGACCCUUUCCCGCCGGUUCCAAGUGUGGAUAAGAGCAAUGGCAAAUUUGCAAUGCUCUGUUCCCCAGGAUAAGGUCUAUGGGUUAUACUCGAUCUUCAGGGCCGCUGGACUUGAGCUGCCGGACGUCGACUAUAAAAAGACUGUCCAAGAGGUAUAUGGAGACACUGCUAAGAGCUUCAUUAGAAUGCGUAGCCGUAAACUUAACGUGUUACUUAUCAGCAUCAAGCCCCGAGGCUACGAUGAGUUACCAAGCUGGACGCCUAACUGGGAAAUGUCUCAAAUGUUAGGACCAGAUGUCGUCGAUAUCACUGGAAACUUCCACUUAGAGAGUGACAGGUAUCGCGCCAGCGGUUAUAGUCUGGCAACUAUCCCAAACUUUACGCCCGCCAGAGAGCUUCAAGUAAGAGGUCUCAUUGUGGGGACUGUGCAAAAAAUCAUCGUGUCAUCUACAGCUGGAGAACAGCCGGAGCUAGUUGGAAAAAGAAACUUUUCUGUGAACUACGUUAUUGCGUGUCGCGCAUGGUUAAUGCAGCUUGGUUCGAUCUGGGAGGCAGAUAUGUACCAAGGCCAGGAGGUCCCUGCAAACGCGAUGAUAAACACGCUGGCAUUCUUCAAGAUGUCCGAGGCGGAAAGUUUGGAGUUAGAGCAGACCGAAGCGCAGUUUCGAAGUUGGGCCGACGUUUUCGCAUACCCGGAUUGCAAUGUUGUCACAGCCCAAGAUAUAGAAGCGGUCGCGCAACUCGAUCCAAGUUCGGUAGAUUACUCGGAGAUCAUAGAAGCUGCUCUGAACCAUGCUAAUAUUAGAUCUUCGGGCGACACCGUAUCCGAUGCCGUCAAGCAAAUUUUGGUAAGUGCAGGCAUAUUUCAUUUUGUGAUCUGUUUCCAGCUGGCUAAUUGGGCUUUUCUAUUUCUUGAAACCGGUCACAUUGGUAGAGCGUAUUACAACUGUAGAGAAGGUGAUAAAGUCGCGCUUUUGGCUGGAUCGAAUGUCCCCUUUGUGGUGAGAGAAGUUGGACGUGAUCGCUACCAACUCGUAGCACCAGCCUAUAUUCACGGAAUUAUGUACGGGGAAUCAUGGCCUGUUGAUGAAAAUGGGGUAAAGGAUAUGACGUUGGUAUAA